CAAACACAAAGUUCGAAACUGUACGACCAUCAACAAAUAGCUCACCCUACCAAACAUACAAGAAUAUACACCGAACCUUGGACUUUUAGGGGCCCAAGUGAAGUGUGUCCAAAAUGUGAAGCUAUAGUUUGGUAUGAAGAACGGGCGAGGAAGGACAGAAACAAUGUUGUAGCUGAGUACAGUUUAUGUUGUCAAAAGGGCAAAGUCACGUUACCUCUAUUAAGAGACCCCCCUGUAUUUUUGAAGGAUCUACUUGACAAUAAUGACACUCGGUCAAAAGAUUUCAAAGUCAAAGGGAGGAUGUACAACUCCAUCAACGCUUUCACUUCAAUGGGAGGGAAGGUUGACAACAGCAUCAACCGAGGAAAUGCUACGUAUGUGUUCAGAUUAAAUGGUCAAAACCAUCAUAAGUUUGGGUCGUUGCUUCCGCCAGAAGGGCAACAACCUAGGUUCAGCCAGCUUUAUAUUUAUGACACACAAAAUGAAGUAACAAACCGGAUAAACAGCCUUGGAAGUGGAGAAGGAAAAGCAGAAUUAGACAGAGACAUAGUAGCUGGCUUAUCAAAGAUGUUUGAUGAGCAUAAUGAACUAGCAAAAGUGUUUCGAAUGGCAAGGAAAGAUUCCACGAGUCUGAUUUACAACCUGUGAAGAUCCGACUGAUCGGAACAAGGGCAAAAGAUCGGAGACAAUACAACCUCCCUACUUCUACAGAGAUCGCUGCGUUGAUAGUGGGUACAGGUGAUACUGAAAAAGGGCCUCGAGAUGUCAUUAUUGAGGACAAGCACUUUGGUCUGAAGAGGAUCUCCGAACUUCACCCGAGUUUCAUGGCAAUGCAAUAUCCACUUCUUUUCCCUUAUGGAGAAGAUGGAUAUACAACAGAUAUCCCACAUAAUGAUAGGAAAGAAACUGAGAGAAGGGUCAGAACAAAAGUGACUGUGAGAGAAUAUAAUGCUUUCCGCUUUCAGCAAAGAGAAAAAGAGGCAAAGACGAGAUUCCAAUUGGGAAGACUUAACCAGCAACAACAAGUUGACGCCUUCACAUGCAUGCAAGAAGGAAGAUUAGAAUGGGUAAGAAGCAACCAAAAAAAACUAAGAAAGGAUGUGCUACGUGGAUUGACGGAUGCAGUUUCUCGAGGUGAUACAACGCCUGCAUCUGUAGGACAACGCGUUAUACUACCUUCAUCUUUCACCGGAAGCCCGAGAUUCAUGAUUCAAAACUACCACGAUGCCCUAGCUAUUUGCAGAUGGGCUGGCCCUCCAGAUUUGUUCAUUACUAUGACAUGUAAUCCAAAGUGGCCAGAGAUUAGAGAAUUUUUAUCCUUGAUCCCAGGACAGAAACCAGAAGACCGACCUGAUAUCAUUGCUCGAGUGUUCAAGAUUAAACUUGAUGAGCUUAUGGUGGACCUUACCAAAAGAAAUAUUUGUGGUCGCACUAAAGUAGGUUUUAGCAGAUUCAAUUACAUGGUUCCAGUGGGUUAUCAGAGUUCACAAGAAAUAAUAAUUCUUACACUUAACUACCUUGCAAUUCUAACCUUUAACCACCUUGCAGCAAUAUACACAAUCGAGUUUCAAAAAAGAGGACUUCCACAUGUUCAUAUACUGCUAUUCUUGCAUGAAGCAGAUAAACUUCGAACACCAUCAGACAUCGACCGCUUGAUUUCAGCAGAACUACCGGACCAGGAAUUAGACCCUAUUGCAUUCGAGGCAGUAGUCCAGUACAUGACACAUGGACCAUGCGGUAACUUGAACCCAAAAUGUCCAUGUAUGCAUGGGGGCCGGUGUACGAAAUAUUACCCCAAAGACUUCAACAACGAAACUGUUAUUGGUGAAGACGGAUACCCGGCAUACAUGAGAAGAAACAAUGGAAGGACAACAACAAAGAAUGGACACACAAUUGAUAAUACUUUCAUUGUCCCGUACAAUGUGGACUUGCUGGUGAAGUAUCAAGCCCACAUCAAUGUUGAAGUGUGCAACAAAUACACAUGUACCAAGUACCUGUUCAAGUACAUGAAUAAAGGUCCAGACAUGGCAUUAGCAACAAUACAAGAAGCUACAGAAAAUGCAAUGCCGGGAGGACAACUAGGCAACCACGAACCUCAAAAAGACGAGAUACAAUCAUACUUGCAAUGCAGAUACGUAUCUGCUGCAGACGCGUGUUGGAGGGUUUUCGGUUUCCCGAUACAAUAUAAAUACCCACCAGUACAACGCCUAAAUUGUCACCUCAAGGAAGAACAAACAGUGAUGUUUGAAGAUCAUGAGCAUCUGGAUGAAGUCCUCGAAAGAGUAGGACCAGCCAAGACACCUCUCAUCGGGUGGAUGGAAGCAAACAAGAAGUAUCCACAAGCAAGAACACUGACAUACCAUGAAUUCCCAACUGAAUGGGUCUGGCUAACCAAGGAAAAGAGAUGGAAAGUAAGAGAUGACAGGUUCAAAAUAGGGAGAAUAUACUAUGUGCACCCAGCAUCAGGGGAACUUUACUACUUGCGCAUGCUCCUGGAUAUAGUUACAGGAUCCACAACCUUUGGGGAAAUAAGAACGGUAAACGGCAUAGAGUAUGCCACUUUCAAGGAAGCUUGCAAUGCUAUGGGUCUUUUAGAAGGAGAUACUGAAUGGCAUGAAGCUUUACAAGCAGCAUCGUCUUGGGCCCAUGCCCCACAGCUUAGAGAGUUAUUUGUCACAAUUUUAAUAUUCUGUGAAGUCUCAAACCCCAGUGACUUAUGGUAUAAAAACUGGGAGCUUCUAUCAGAUGAUGUGCUAUACAGGCAACGCAAACGGUUUAAUUCCCCCAACAUCAUGUUGACGACCAACCAGGUGCAAAACUAUGCAUUAUAUGACAUUGAAUUGAUCCUCAACCGAAAUAACCGGAGUCGUGCAAACUAUGGGAAUAUGCCAUUCCCAGACAUGGCUUUGGUGCAACAAACAACAAACAGGUUGGUAUUGGAAGAGAAAAUGUAUGAUGUGGGGACGCUAGCAGAUGAAGCAUCUACUCUCGAAGUCGGGCUGAAUCCAGAGCAAAGCACAAUCUACCACAAGAUACUCGAGGCAGUAGAAAAUAGAGCAGGAGGAGUGUUCUUCAUUUAUGGAAGCGGGGGUACAGGGAAGACAUAUUUGUGGAGCACCUUAAUAUCAAGACUUAGAUCAGAGGGGCGUAUAGUUAUCGCAGUCGCAUCAUCGGGAAUCGCAGCACUAUUACUUCAUUGUGGAAGGACAGCACACUCACGCUUCAGCAUCCCGAUACAUUUAAACGAGAACUCAUGUUGCCGGAUAAUGCAGGGUUCGGACUUGGCAUUUCUCCUCCAACAAGCAAGCCUUAUAAUAUGGGACGAAGCUCCCAUGGUCCACAGGCAUGCCUUUGAGGCAGUGGAUCGUACUUUACGUGAUAUUAUGCAAACAAAUGACAAGCCCUUCGGAGGAAAAACAGUGGUAUUAGGAGGAGAUUUUAGACAAAUACUACCAGUUGUGCCGCGAAAAGGAAGAGCAGAGAUUGUAGAUGCAUCUGUCAAUAGGUCGCCAACAAUUUGGCCUCAUUUCACCGUGUUCAAACUAACCACAAACAUGAGAUUGAGGGGAAGCUCAGACAUUGUCGGAUUAGAAGAAAUGCAGAAUUUCAGCAAGUGGGUCCUAGAUGUGGGUGAUGGUCAAAUCCAUGCCACUGCAAAAACACGGGAAGAUGAGGCCAAUUGGAUUCAAAUUCCACCUGACCUCCUGAUAAAAGACCAUCCAGACAAAAAGGCAGCCCUCGUGGAAGAAAUUUACCCAGACCUUCUUCACAGGUACACAGACAUCAAAUACCUAGCUGAAAGGGCAAUACUGGCGCCUAAAAACGAUUGUGUGGAUGACAUCAAUAACUACAUACUCUCUAUGAUCCAUGGAGAAGAAGGAGUAUAUAAAAGUGUUGACAGAGUAAGCCCACUUGCAAAUAGAACAUCAGUUGAUGAAGAUCUAUACCCGACAUAA